GUAGAAUGCAACACUGUGUUCUCCACCUGGAAAUUUCCGUUUCCGACUAACAUUAUCGAGUUGUUCGUUCGCCGGGUCUGCGUAGGGACGUAUGUGAAUGUCGAGCUUUUAAAAAAUUAUAAAUUCUCUCUAAUUGAGAGAUACCAACUAGAGCGCUUAGCCCUUUCAUAAAUCAUCAUUAAAACGACCAAAAAUGCAGUACAACGGUUUCCACAAUCAACAUCCGAUGUCUCGGCCAGACCGGAAUGAACAAUUCGGUAAAAUUCCAUUCUUCAAUGGACUUCAUGAUUUUGGUGGGCCAAAAAAUUUUGGUCCCAGAAACAACAUGGGCAACAAAAACAAUUUCCGGCCCCGAAAUGAUUACAACAACCACAAGAAUGAAAAUGUAAACCAGGGUGAUUUUGGAGGCCCAGGAAAAGAAUACAGGCCAAGAAACAAUUUUAACAACCAGUCACAGAAGAAAGAUUAUGAGGGUGAUAAACAGAUGGUGGGAAACAUGCAAUUCUACAAUGCUAAAAAUGAUUUUGGAGGUCCGAAGCAACAAAAUUUCAACAAACCUAACUACGGACCCAAGAACUACAACAAUCAAAAUGGUCACACUCAACAACAAGCUUUCAUGCAAAAGAAAGUAUUCAAUCCUAAUGCCAUGCAACAGCCCUCUAAUCCGAAUGACAGGAAACUACAAAGCAAGAAAGCAAAACAUCCUGGUGACAGUUUAGUUAAACCACUGUGGGAUUUGUCAAAAUUGGAACCAAUACAAAAAGAUUUCUAUAAACCACAUGCAAAUGUUAAUGGCCGCACAGAUGAAGAAGUACAGAUGUACCGCAUGGCAAAGGAGAUAACAAUCAGUGGUAAUAACAUACCUCGUCCCAACCAAGUGUUUGAUGAAGGCAAUUUCCCUGAUCACAUAAUGACCACAAUUCAAGAGCAAGGAUGGACAGAACCUACCGGCAUUCAGGCUCAAGGUUGGCCUAUAGCUCUUUCGGGACGUGAUAUGGUUGGCAUUGCUUCCACUGGCUCUGGCAAAACACUUGCUUACAUGCUACCUGCAGCUGUACACAUUGUUCACCAACAGCGUAUUCAGAGGGGUGAUGGUCCUAUUGCUCUCAUUCUUGCACCAACUAGGGAGCUGGCUCAGCAAAUCCAAUCAGUGGCUCAAGCUUACAGCGCACAUGGAUUCAUUAGAAACACUUGCCUCUUUGGUGGUUCUCCAAAGGGACCCCAAGCUCGAGAUUUAGAGCGUGGUGUUGAGAUUGUAAUUGCUACACCUGGAAGAUUGAUAGACUUCUUGGAGAGGGGAACAACAAAUUUACGUCGUUGUACCUAUUUAGUGCUUGAUGAAGCUGAUCGGAUGUUGGAUAUGGGUUUUGAACCUCAAAUUCGCAAGAUCAUUGAACAGAUCCGCCCUGAUCGCCAAGUAUUGAUGUGGUCUGCUACAUGGCCCAAAGAAAUACAAGCAUUAGCUGAGGACUUCUUGAAUGAUUACAUCAAGGUCAAUAUUGGUUCACUUAACCUAUCUGCUAACAAUAAUAUCAAACAAAUUGUUGAGAUUUGUGAAGAACAUGAGAAGGAGGCUAAGCUUGCAAAUCUGUUGAAGGAGAUUUCUACUGAGAAGGAUAACAAAGUCAUUGUGUUCGUAGAGACAAAGAAAAAAGUAGAUGAUAUUGCACGCGCUGUUCGCCGCAGCGGCCAUAAGGCGUUAGCUAUUCAUGGUGAUAAGUCUCAACCAGAGCGUGAUGCUGUUCUCUCAGAAUUCAGGAAUGGAGCAACUACAAUUCUCAUUGCUACAGAUGUGGCAGCUAGGGGGCUUGAUGUUGAAGAUGUCAAAUUUGUUGUCAACUUUGACUAUCCUAAUUCUUCUGAGGAUUAUAUUCAUAGAAUUGGUCGCACUGGUCGUUGCCAGCAAUCUGGAACAGCAUACACUUACUUCACAAGUGGUGAUGCCCGUCAAGCUCGUGGCCUACUAGCAGUGCUGCGUGAAACUGGCCAAAAUCCACCAGUAAAACUGGCUGAUAUGGCAAGGAACAAUAACAACACAUCAGGUGGACGCAACCGUUGGCAGCAGCGUAAAGACAAGAACAGUGGCUCCAAUUCACCACAGCAACAGAGUAACCAAUGGAAUAAUAAGAUGGCUAAUGGCAGCAAUGAAGAUAACCAAACACCUUACCAGAAUCGUAAUAUGAACCAGCAGGCACCCCGAUUCACAAACCAAAACCAGGGAAUCCAAAAUUACAGGCAAAACAAUUAUCAGAAACAAGUUCCUUUCCCGAGCCCCAAUGUGUUUGAAUCCAUGGGCAAUUACCAAGGUGGAUACAAUAAUGGCUAUCAGAACGGAUAUAACCAGAAUGGCUACGGUCAACGCUCUUACAAUAAUCCGCGCAACAAUGGCCAACAGUACCGCAACAAUAAUGCCAAUGGUAACAAGACAAGCGGAUCCGGAUCUUCCUUCGGAUCACCGCCGCCUCACUUCGCCACUCCUCCACACUACGCACAAAUGCAUCCCCAUCAUCAAGAAAUGCUUGGUGGAAAGUUCUAUGGUGGCGCGGUGGGCGGCGGCGGUCCUUGCGGCUACCAGGCGGCCGUAGGCGCGGGCGUGCAGUACGCUCACUUGCCCCCGGGCUCGUUGCUCUAUGCAGCACCCGUGCAACAGUAACUAGCUACAUAUAAACAAAUACAACUUUCAAACUGUGGAGAACUUAACUAAAAUCUAGUUACUGUGAUUUUUUGGAGACUAUCUUCUAGCCAACAAAUAUCUCAAUUUAUAUUGCUAUUUCAUAAUAUGAGCUCUCUUACCUUCCAAGUGGUACUCCAAUAUUGUACUUAGAGCUUUUGUAUUGAAAUUUUCAGAAUUAUCCUGGCCAAAUGGGAUGAUAAUAUCAAUAUCUGUCUAUUUAUAUAACUACUACUCUCAUAGAAUUAUGUUGUUAGAUCUGAUAAAAACUUACAAAAUUAUAUUUUAUGUCAGAUGCUACAAAUAUGGACAAUAUUAUUGGUAUAUUAUGAUUUUAUUUUGCUUGUAAACCAGAGAAGAAAUUCAAUAUUUGGUAUCAUAUUUCAUAAGUCAUAUAUUGUUCAAAUUCAUGUGAAAUAUUUUUUAGAUCCAUUUCUAAUAAAAAAUAUGUGUGUUAGGUUUAUAAGCAUUACAUUCUCUUUUGGCCAUAAUGAUUGUUUUAUAACUUUCUUAGUGUUUAAUAUUUAGUUAUUUCUUAUUUGAGGGUACAUUGAAUUGAACACUUCUAAUUUGGUUAAUUAGGUUGAAUUUUGUGUCACCAGUGUGCAGUUAGUUUCUAUUUUAUGUUUGAUUGAUCAUCUUUUUGCGCAACAAAGAGAUGUGAUUGGUUAUGGAUAAUUUACCAGUAAGUUUGUAAUAUUUCAAGUGGUGGCCAAUAGAGAAUUAUUUUUUUCCACACUAAGAUAGUACAGUGGAACAGUAUGGAUGUUUGUUAGUUCCACUUGUAGAUUGUAAUCAUUAUAUUUGUUAGAGUAGGUGACGUGGGUGCCCUCAUGUGUAACCUUGGGUGCCUUUCGUUUUCUUUCAAAUGUCUGUAUGAUGUACGAAAUGCACGAAACAUAUAGAAGAUGAAUGAAAUUUUAGGAGGAAGUUUUUAGUACGACAAAAUAAUAUCUGAAAUAUUUUAUAUAAAUUAUUUUUUAUUGUUAAUGAUUGAUUGUAUCCAGUGAAAAGUGGGACUUAGUAUUAGAAAGUGAUUACUUAUAAAAGCGGUUAUUGAAUGGCUUUUGAUGAUAUACUUCAUAAUAACAAUCUGUAUUGCCAGAUAAAAUUGUGAAUAUUUUUCUUAAGUAAUGUGAUGUCAAUGACAUUUCAAGUCACUAAUUUCGAAGUUAUUUUUUAUUGAAGAUUAGAUCUUUAUAAACUUGAAUUAGGGGUAUUAUUAAUCUGUGUCAAUUUGACCCAAGACAAGGUUGGGCUUUGAAAAAACUCAUACCAUUCUCGAAAAUGUAGAAAGUAUGUAUAUAACAUGCAUUUAACUUAGGAUGAUUAGUAUUUUGAUCGUGAUAAAUAAUGAACGCAAUGGUUACUUUCAUAGCAAAAUAAGUGGCUUCUUAUUUUCGAUUAUUUUAUACAUCAUUAAAAUAUUCAUUAUAGCGUUCCUUUGUACAUAAACGGGUUCCAAAGGUUUAACAUUAAUUUAAUAGGUACAAAUAAUACUGAAACAGUUUAAUAUUCAGGUGCCCGUUACUGUCCAAAGAUUUGAAAAAUCUGUGAUAUUUCAUUAUUACUAUAACCUGUCGUUGCGUUGGUCAAUUGUUAUAAAAAUACUUAGGACACGUCCUGCACAUGGAAUGUGUUUAUUAGACAAAAAUAUAUUUUUUGACUAUUUGAACGAAUUUCAUGAAUAUUUGUGACAACAUAGCUCGCAAGUCGUUCACAAAUAUACAUAUAAUAAUAUGAUAGAUGUAAGAUUUAAUAAUUUAUUGUUAUUCAAUUUAGUUUUCAGUUUGCCGUUAGGUGACGAAAUUGAACCAGUUCAAAGGGACGUAAGCGUUAUUAUCUAUUUAAGAUUCCCGUUUUAUGAUACAUCUCAAAGAUACGAUGUAAUAGUAAUGGGUGUAAAACCACGAGGGGUGAACAACGUGUCUGUGGAUUUCGCAUUUGUACCUCGUCAGUGCGAAGUUCGCUUUGUUAUUUAUGUACAUUUUAAGAGAAAGACUGCCAUGAAAUGAUGUUUACCUACGUGCAUAGUUUCAUCUCGAAGUUUGUAUGUACGAUUAGCCCGGCCUCGUCGGUGGCCGCGAUAGGCCGGUGCCAUGACGGUAUGCGCACUCGCAGCGGUAGGUCGGGCUGGUGGUUAUUUGCGCGCGUUUUUAGUUUCAUCAAGCGAUGUGAUGUGUAUCGAUGAUGCUCGCGAAAUGCAGGUAGCUCCUGUAUUAUAAUGUACAAAGUACUGCACCCACCUCUACUAAUCAACUGUGAUAAUAACACUAAGUAGCGUAGCAGGCGAUUUAUAUACUAGUUACGUCCAAGAAGGGAUGACAUCAUAUCUGACAUACUGUAUUGUGAUAAUGAUAAUAUCAAGGCGUGCGAAUCACGUUUUGACGAAAUAUUUUCUCUAAACAAGACUGAUUAUUUCUUAUUAAUAAAUAUUAAAUAUUUUAUACAUGUUCCACUUUGACUGAAUGAAUUAAGAUGUCUGUAUUUAUAUUGGUAGUAUUUCUUCUUUCUCUUGCUGUGUGUUUCCCAAAAAUUGAGUAUUCACUAUGUUGGAUAUGAGUCAAAACGCCUUUCUAUCUGGUCACCAAAUUCAUGAUGUUUAUUUGUUUCAUUCAUUGAUUUCUACUUUACUUUAUUGUGAUGGAAAAUGUUGUUGACAAAUUAUGUGGCAGCACAGAAUAAACACUAAGAUAGAGUAUGUUAUUAUUUGUUGUUAAUUUGCAAAAUUUUAUUUAUUCAACCGAUAUCUCAUAGGCAAUUGUACUUGUCACGCUUUGUAUUUAAGAAUUUAUUUUCGAACAUGUGAGUUGGUGAAAAAUAUACAUAGAUUUUUACGCAUGUGGCAAUGCAGAUCAUCAUGAAUAUCGAUUGUAUUAUGAACGACAUAGUUUGUAUUUAUUCAAUUUUAAAAUUAUAUGGAGAGAGGCUCCUUAUAAUUACAAGUGUCCCAAAGGGAAGUCUUCUGAAUGUUUCUGAGAAGUGCAUUUCCUCUAUGUAAUACAGUAUUAAAUUCAGAUUAAUAAAUGAAUGUAUAAUUAUUA